GAUCCUUCGUCUAGGGUCGUAGUAGAUUCUAAAAAACAUAGUGGGUACCCUGGACACGAUAAGCAGUCGGGGACCUUCCCUUGUAAGAUUAGAUCAAAUUACUUUUUCUGCCACGACCACGCAAAUAAAUUCACAAUAUGCCUCUAAAAAAUAAACUAAAAGUCACAUAUGUUUUCAAAUAUGUUUUUCUAUUGUGAAUUUAUCAAUAAAAAGAUUCAUGAACUAAAAGUCGCAUAUUACAAUUCCAUGGAAAAAAAUCAUGCCGCGGCAUCCUUUGUUCUUUGGACGGUUCACUUGGGAAGGUCAGCUGAAAAAACAAUAUUUUUUUCUCCCCGGAUUGUACCUCUUGUAAUUAAAGAUGGAGAUGCAGCACUUCGUCACCGGGCUGAACCUCGCGGUCGUAAAAGUUUUCGAGGAACGGUUGCCAGCCUUGUUGGAGGUCGAGUUGGCGAAACAGUUGGAAACGUUGGUCAACGCCAAGAUGACACGGCUCGAGACCUUCAUAACGGAACAGAGCGACAAAUUGGACGCAAGGAUAAUGCAGCUCCAGAAAAGAAUGGGGGAGUUAGGUGAACGUCAGGACUUUGCGGAUAAGCAGGUCAAGAGUAUGAGUAAAGUUUUCGACUCUAUGGAGGAAUGGAUGGCCAACAUGGAGAAGCAGAAGACAAUUGACGAUAAGGGAUGUCAAGAGCGUUUUGCCAAUUUUGAGAAAAAGUUCGCCACCAAGAUGAAGCCUUUGAUGGUCAAGUUUGCAGAAUGGUGCGAGUCAGCUUUUGGCAAAAAUAAUGAUGAAUUUGGACGGGAUGUUGACGACCUCGAAACUGCUCGAAGGCUUGAUUACAUUGAACGCGAGGGCGAAGUUCCUAUCGAAACUCCACCCAGCACUUUCGCCAAGCAGAUCCUGUCCGAUCCACUCGAACUUCCCUUGCAGUCCUUCUCAUCCAACUCAAACAGUACUUUGACCCGUUUCGGCGACGUGGAGGACCACGACGAGGACGACAUUAAUUCCUCUAUCUCCGUCUCCAAUGUCCGGUCCCUGUCGACGUCGAUGGUAUACACUCGGAAGAGAAAAAGGCAACGAUACGAUAAUGAGGACGACAAAUCAGAGCGUGGUGACGAGGGGGAAGGUGGCGAUUACGACGAGGAGAAUGACGACCAGGUUUCAUGGGACAAGCGCUGUCGAUAUUGUGAAAUCAAUUGCGGACCGGUAGAAAAGAGUCGUUCGACUGGAACUCCAGUUCCUGACACUGCUAGAAAAUCUCUUGCCAUUUUAGCCAAACUUGGGUACUCCCUCUCGUAAAUCUGCAAAUACAAUUAUGACAAUUUUGGUUCUGCAAAAUAUAAAUAUUCACCUAAUUGAAUAAAAUAUAAAUGUAUAGAACCUUCCACCACCCAAGAGCACCGCUGAUUCCAGACUUCUUUACCGUAAGAAUAUCAGCAUUCACAACGGCGUCCGAGAGAUAUCGUUUCAAUUCAUCUUCUUCUGUAUUUUUAAUGAUCGUUUUCAUUUGAUUUUCGAAUAUAUCACGAAAUGUGGACUGUGAUUUGCUCAAUGAUUCAGGCACCGACGGCAGAAUAAGUUCGGAUCCCUGUUACUUAUACUUUGAUUUCCAUAAGUUGGACACAUUUUUACGAGCAGAAUCGAUCCAUUCUUUUUGCCAGCAAACUCCUUUGUACCACCCCAAUUUGUAUCUAGGAUCUAGCACUAGUAAAAAAAAUAGUCCAAUAAAUAUCUCGCAAGCGGAAACGGGGCAAAUUUUUAUAUUUUCUGAAAUUAUUUACCAGUACUACCUAUGUACGAAAGUCCAUCUGCUGUUGGAUAAUAUUUGUGAAGUUUGUCUUUACCAGCCUUCACAGCUCUUUGAAACCAGUCCUCUUCGUGGGUGGAAGUUUUAGUGGGUCUUGUUUUCAUUGUAGAUUUAUCCAAAUGGUCAAAUAAAACACUAUAAACUGAAGAUGUAGAGGAUAAGGUUGGAGAACUUUGAGUUGACAGCAUUUCGGUGGCUUCGCGGAAUAGAUUCAGGAGUUUUGUAAUUUCUUCUACUUUUUUCCACUCAAUUUCAUCAAGGAUAAACUUCUUAAGAGAUGAAAUGGAUUGUAAAGUUGCUUGAAAUGGCUUCCGAAACUCAAUGCACCGAGUCAACAUCCAAUAUGUUGAAUUCCAACGCGUUUUCACAUCCAAAAUGAGCAUUUUAUGUUUCAACGUAUGCGAGGUACAAUGCAUGGCAAAAAUUUCUCGUCUUUGUGGAGAUUUCCGGAUAGCAGCAACACCUUUUCGAAUUUUCACCAAAAAGUUUGAACCGUCCGAGAUUUCACUGUCGGCUUCUUCUUCGUCAUUUUCGUCAUCCUUGUCUUCUUCGAAUUCUCCAGUUCCUCCACCCUUUGGGGAAGUAUAAUCCUUCCUGAAAGUGUUGUAGUAUUAAUUAUUACAUAAAUAACAAUAAAAUUAGUAAGUAGUUAGAUAGACUAACUUGCAUCGUUUACAACGAUAUUUUUCAGUAGUUUCGUUCCAGUCAAAGUAAUUGUAUAUUCUUGCCCUCUUCUUGGUUGGCUUAUACGUCUCGGUUUUGCAGGGUGUAUUCUCAGUUUGAUCGUCGUUGUCGGGAACAAGUGACUCGGAAUCAGAUAUUUUUUACGUAUGACUGCUGAUAACAAUUUUUUCACCUAAAUAAUUUAUGUUGCAGUAUUUGUGAGAAUGAGUGAUUUCAAGCUGACACCUGAUUAACGGAACAAUAAGAGUAAAAACCGCGUUUACUGUGUUGGGGCGACCCGAGUAAAGUUUGCCAGAAUACAAAUUAAACAAUUAAACAAUGUUUUGUUUUUUAACUUUCGGUUUGUUUUGUUUUGUUUUAGUUAGAUUUGUUUUGUUUAAUUUUGUUUUAAUAUUAAUGUUUUGUUUUUGUUUUGUUUAAAAUGUGGAAACAACCGUGAACAAAACAAAACAAAACAAAACACAAAUAAACAAUAAACAAUGCCAACCCUGAUGACGACUUUUAUCAAGAGCUUGGUGGCGAGGACGACGACUUGUUCGAGGAGCAAGGUGUUGCUGUUUUCAACGUGGAGUGCGACAUUGAACCAUUCUACGAAACCACGACCACCGAUAACCCAGACUUUGACGGUAAUCAAUCAGGAAGGAAAAUCCAC